UGAUCUGAAUGUUUGUCAGGAAAACGUUCAUCUCCAAUCUGCUGGCUGGACUUUUGUCCCAGGUGUCUCUUAUCUCAGAGGAGUCACGCCCUGGAAACACCAGAUUAACAUACUGACACUAUCUUCUGGAAGAGGCUGAGUCAGUGCACUCCACUCUGGAGGUCUGAUGCCCGAGUUCACUUCUGUUGUACAAGAAAACACAUGUCCCCUGGAGCCAUGGUCUUUUAUCGGGUAACAAAGCAGAGGAUGGGUCAUGAUCCUCUGUCAUGUGACCAGGAGAUGAAGACAAAGGUCAGGCAGGGUCCAUGAAGCUGAAGCUGAAGUGCAGCUGAUGAGACGUUCUCCCGUGGGUCUUCAGCUGCUGCAUACAUUGAGCAGGGCAGGAGUUGAACCAACAACCUGCCAUUCUCAGACCCUGGCAGGACGGAGGCUUUCUAGAGGUCUGUGAUGUUCCAUUAUGCUUGGACACAAACAACAAAUAGGAAGGAGGAAGCAGCUCCACGUCCUGGGUCUAUUCACUUACAACUUUGACUAGUGUGGUUGUUUGUAGCAGCUCUGCACCAAAAGUGUUCUUCUCUGCAUGGUCAACCUGACACUUGGAGGCGUGUCUGCGCGUGCGUGUGCGCGGACGUGAUUGUCUGCGCGCGUGUAGCUGCGAGAGCGCGCGUGUGCGUGCGAGAGCGAGAGAGACAGAUUUAGAGCGGCUCACACCAGAGUGUCGGCGAGUGAGAGCGCGAUCUUCAGCUCGUGUCGGACCUCAGAGCGGCUGGACCUGCGUGUAUGUGAGAUGGAUCUGUGACGAUGGACCCGAGGAGGAGGAGGACGGCCGUUCCGGUGCCGUGCUGGCAGGUUCUGGUUCUGGUUCUGGUGGAGGUGACAGAGGAAGUGAAGCUGAGGGACCUGAAGAAUGAAGGACUGGACUUCUGCACCGAGCCCUUCAACCCGCAGAGCUACUACAAUGGCUCCGUCUCACAGACGGAGUCGGGCUCCUCCUGCCUGAAGUGGACAGACUUCCCAGACUACAUGCAGCAGUACCCGGGAAGGGGCCUGGGGGACCACAACUUCUGCAGAAACCCGGACCACGAGGACCGGCCCUGGUGCUUCUUCAGGAGGAGCUCUGGUGCCAUCGGCUGGGCCUUCUGCGACUGUCGUCAAGGUGCCGCUAGGCUGGUCGGUGGAGCGACAGGCAGAAGUGGGCUCCUGGAGGUCUUCCUGAACGGCCAGUGGGGGGCAGUGUGCGACACUCACUGGAUUGACCGAGAUGCCGCCGUCAUCUGCAGGCAGCUGGGCCUUGGUGAGAUAGGUACAGCCAUGCAACAUUCCUACUUCACUCCUGCAUCACUGUUCCACUACGAGCGUCUGGGUUGCCGUGGAGACGAGACUUCUCUCCUGGAAUGUCGAAGCAGAAAGUUUGUUAGCGGUGAUUGUAGUCAUGGGAACGAGGCUGGAGUGAUCUGCGCCGAACCUGAAGCCACCGCUGUCCCCGUCAGGCUGGUGGGAGGUCUGGAGGACUUUGAAGGUCGGGUGGAGGUCUACCACGCUGGCCGUUGGGGGACGAUCUGUGGUGGUCGCUGGGACGACACAGACGCCGAAGUGGUGUGCCGACAGCUUGGUCUUGGAGGUGUGGCUCGCUCGUGGAAAUCGGCCCAUUUUGGUUCAGGCACCGGACCCAUCUUCUUUUCCGGCGUCCGCUGCAGCGGCAACGAGCUCUCGCUGGAGGACUGUCCUCGUGACAAGUGGCAGCAACAGGACUGCAACCAUUCGGAGGACGUUGGGGUCUCGUGCAACCCCUACACAGAUGGAAGUGUACGCCUGGUUGGUGCGAAUGCCCCUUGGGAGGGCCAGCUAGAGGUCUACCACCAGGGGGAGUGGGGGUCCGUGUGCGAUGACAACUGGACCCAACUCAACGCGCAGGUGGUGUGCAGACAGCUGGGCUUCAGGGGUCGAGCUGAGGUGGCCCCUGAGGGGAUGCUUGAAGAGGGCAGAGGGAAGAUUCUCCUGGACGAGGUGGAGUGUCGGGGAGACGAAGCUUCCUUGACGUCCUGCAGGCACUCUGGAUGGGGUCAGCACGACUGCUCCCACAGCGAAGAUGUCAGGAUCCGCUGCGAGAGGGAGUCGGACAGCAACCGCAUGUCUGACCUGCUGCCUCCUGUCGGUCCGGUGGUGCGUCUGGUGGCAGGUGAGAGCAGGAGGGAGGGCAGGGUGGAGGUGUUCAUGAGGGGCCAGUGGGGGAGUGUGUGUGACGACGGCUGGAGCGACGUGAACGCAGCUGUGGUCUGCAGACAGCUCGGAUUCACUGGGGUUGCCAAAGCUCGGUCCAUGGCCUACUUUGGCGAGGGUCAAGGUCCGAUCCAUCUGGACAACGUCCGGUGUUCGGGCUCGGAGCGGUCUCUCGGAGAGUGUGCGGCGGUGAGCGGGGAGGAGCAUGACUGCCGCCACAGUGAGGACGCCGGCAUCAUUUGUGACUACAAGCUGGAACAUCCAGGAGAGGGCGCAAUGGAGACCUGCGGCAUGAGACUCAACAACCGGCGGCGGCGACGGAUCAUCGGAGGCGACAAGUCUUUGAGAGGUGACUGGCCGUGGCAGGUGUCUCUCUGGCUCAGGUCUCAGUCAAGAGGCAGUCAUCCUCUGUGUGGAGCUUCACUUAUCGACCCCUGUUGGCUGGUGACGGCAGCGCACUGCUUUAAGAGGUUCGGAACAGAUCCGAGUCAGUACGUGCUGCGACUAGGAGACUACCACACCGAGGAGCAGGAUGAUUUCGAGCGCACCUUGUCACCGGCUCAGAUCGUAGUGCACAGGAAGUAUCACAGCAAAGGCUGGGAGAACGAUAUCGCACUGGUGCGGCUCAAGGGCACAGAGGGCAGUUGUGUGGCGUUCAACCCUCACACUGGGCCGGUCUGUUUGCCGGAAGCAGGCAGCAAGUGGGAGAAGAGACCUGCUGCCUGUGUGAUCACUGGCUGGGGCGUGACAGAGCAGGAGUACUCACGGACGCUCCUGCAGGCCUGGGUGCCGCUGCUUCCUGCGUGGAGGUGUAAAAGACAAUAUGGCGGUCGCUUCACCAGCCGCAUGCUGUGUGCUGGUAGCUUGUCAGAGCGCCACCGUGUGGACAGUUGCCAGGGGGACAGUGGUGGACCUUUGGUUUGCCAGGUUAAGGGGGGCCAGUGGGUGCUGACGGGGGUCAUCUCCUGGGGUCAUGGCUGUGGUAACCCCUCCUUCCCGGGUGUGUACACGCGUGUCAGCAGGUUCCUGCGCUGGAUCGACAAAGUCAUGAACAAACCCUAUAAGAACUGAUGAUGACCAUGAGCUGUGGCAACAAGGGUUCGGACUAGUGUCAAGACUCGAGACCUUGACUGUUAGAUGUCAAACAUUUGGAUGAUUCCGCCUCACCUGGAGAUGAAGCUAACACAGGAUGGAGCUGAACUGAAGGAAGAGCGAAGCAGAAAGAAAGAACAAGAGAGGGAUGAAAAGGUGCAGGGACAACGUGAAGGCCCUGAAAACUCCUCAGGAACAUGCUUUUCACAUGACAUGAAUAAAUGUGCUCAAGAUGCUUCCAGAAACACAAAGAAGCAAAGCAAGAUAAUGACUUGGUUUCCUCAGGUUAACUGUUUUGGAGACAGGUGUUGGAGCCUCAGCAUGUGCUCACUGCUUCUUCUCAUGUCUGUUGUUGUUGUCUGUAUUGCUGCUUGUGUUGUUUGUAUAUACUGGGAUGGUUUAUUUAUUGAACCUACAUUGUCGUGUCACAUUCCUUGCUGAUUGAGAGGCCACUGCUGCAGUGUUGACUGAUGUUCUGGUUCGAAUAAAGGCUUCUCUCGCUGAUACAUGAUCAAUACGCGGACCAUCUCGGAUCUCACUUCAUAAAGAAGAUGUGUGUCUUGAAUCAGCUGAGAGACCUGUGUUCUUGUUUACCAUGGUCAGUGAACAAGCUCAGCUGUGGGUCCAGACUCAAUACAAAUUUCAUCUUCAACUGCACUGUCCACGACAGACUUUUCAGGUGAUUGAUGAUUUUAAUGCGAGAAUGAGGUCAAUGCUAAAUUGUGACAGCUAAAUUCUUU